AUGUUUCAAACGGAUAUAUCUUUGGGCGCCAAAAGUUUACUUCUUUAUAAAUUGGGAGUUCUUUGCGAGAAUUGCCCUUUACAACCGAUCGCAAACACGAGGAAAAAGAUUCAAAAGAACGAAGAAGAAUCAUCUCAAGCUCGUAAAGUAAGUAAUUAAGUUGACUAUUUGAAAUUUACUGUAAAAAAACCCAGCAAGGUUCAUGCAGUACUACACAUGAACAAAUUAUACAAAUAUAAUGCAAGCAGGGUUUCUAUAAACCUUUCCUAUGUAUACUUUUACAGAAUGUCUUAUCGGCAUUACAAACACAGGCUGAUGUCCUGAAAGAUAAAAUGGAAAACCAACGCGCUGAAUGCAGAGAGCUUCAAAUGAAUAUAGAUUCAAUGGACAUUGUUGUGCGACCACCGGAAGCCGUGGGAAAAUCGAAAGUCGUUUGUGGCCAUUGUCACCACAAAGGACACAGAAACCAAGGCACGAAUCCUUGUCGUCUGAUGAAAUGUACGGAUUAUACGUACUGCGGG